AUGAUGGGCAGACCCCGCCUUGAUCCGACUAAGCCGCUGGUUCCCCCGCUGCGCAUACCCAGCCUUGAAGAAGCCGAGCAUGCGUACACAAUCAACGGGUAUAACUUGAUCAGCGAUACAUUUACCCUGCCGACCCCUGCGCAGCGCACCGCGAUGGCCACCGCCAUUUGUGGGGACGCCGUAUUUGGUUCCGACGAGCCGACGCGAUUGCUGGAGGACACUGUGGCAGCGCUUGCCGGCAAGGAAGCCUCCAUUUUCCUGCCGUCCGGCACACUGUCGAAUCAGCUUGCGGUGCACGCCCACAUCUCCAGGAUCGGCGGCCCAUCUAGCAUCCUGUGCGACUGUCGCUCGCACAUUUACUGCCACGAGACAGGCGGCCUUGCAUACCACUCGCGCUGCAUGACCCAGGCUAUUAUGCCCAAGAACGGGCACCACCUGUGCUUGGAGGACGUCGCGGCGGGUGCCGUCUUGAACGAGGAUCAACACGCGGCGCCCACGCGCGUGGUCUCUUUGGAGAACACACUCAAUGGCACCAUUAUGCCGCAGGGCGAGAUUGUACGGAUCAGCGAGUGGGUGCACACCCAUGGUCUUGCGCUCCAUCUCGACGGUGCGCGCAUCUGGAAUGUAGCUGCAGAGACAAGCACACCGCUCGACGUGCUGUGCGCGCCGUUUGACACUGUGAGUAUGUGCCUCAGCAAGGGCAUGGGCGCGCCUGUAGGUACCGUGCUUGUGGGCCGCGCGUCGCUAAUCCGCCGCGUGCACACAUUCCGCAAGCUUUUUGGCGGCGGCAUGCGGCAAACGGGCGUGCUUGCGAAUGCAGCGCUGGUGUCGCUGCACGACAUUUUCCCCAAGUUGCGUGCUACACACGAACUGGCGCGCAGAUGUGCGGCGAUGAUGCAGGCCCACAGCAUCCCUUUGACAGUGCCUACAGAGACCAACAUGGUCUGGAUCGACCCCGCCGCGGCUUCUAUCAGCCCUGCAGCGUUUGCCGAGCGCGCCAAGGCGCUCACACCCUCUAUACACCUCCUUCCCUCGCGCCUUGUGUUCCACCACCAGGUGCACGAAGAUAUAGUAGAGCGCUUGGCCAGUGUCCUGGACGCGCUGCAAGGUAGGACUGAGUAA